ACCAAACAAACAAAAAACUCAAAACUAUCUUAUUCUUUUUCUUCACAUUACACCCCAAAUGAAAUGACCAUCCUCCGCCAUGUCUCUUCCCUCCUCCGACCACUCUUCUUCUUCUUCUUCCUCCUUGUAUUGCUCUAAAGAUGUUUCUCUCAUGGACCUCUCCCCAAUUCCUCGCCAUCCUUCAACUACAACAAUCCCACCUCCACCUCCUUCCGAUGAGAUUACCGUUUCAUCUCUCAUGGACUCCGAGCCCCACCACAUGCCUCCUGAUGAUUAUCUUCACCGCUGCCGUGACCACUCCCUUCUCGUCACCGCUCGUCAAGACUCCAUCAACUGGAUCCUCAAGGUGCAUGCAUACUAUCAUUUCAGGCCAGUUACGGCGAUACUUUCAGUCAACUACUUUGACCGUUUCCUCUCUUCUCAUUCUCUCCCGCAAGCAAGUGGGUGGCCGUUUCAGCUGCUGUCAGUUGCGUGCUUGUCUUUAGCGGCGAAAAUGGAAGAACCCCUAGUGCCUUUGUUAUUGGAUCUCCAAAUAUUCGAACCCAGAUUCACAUUUGAACCCAAAACCGUUCAAAGAAUGGAGCUUCGAGUCAUGUCCAUUCUUAAUUGGAGACUCAACUCCGUCACUCCUUUUCAUUUUCUUCAUUACUUCAUUUCUAAACUACCCUCUUCCUCUUCCACCUCAUUUACUCGCGUUUUUUCUUCUUCCUCGGAUCUCAUUCUCAGGACCACUCGUGUUGUUGAUUUCUUGGGGUUUCCACCGUCUACGAUAGCGGCGGCAGCAGUGUUAUGCGCAGCCGGUAAAAGUUUAGACCUACCGACGAGUGUUGAAGAGAGAGUAAAUAAAGAAAUGGUAAGAAGCUGUCACCAACUAAUGGAGGAGUAUUUGAUCGACACGUGUCCUUCGGCUCAGUUUAAGGACCGGAGAGCCGAGCUGCAAGCAGCACCGCCAAGCCCCAUUGGUGUACUGGAUGCUGCUGCUUGUGGGAGUUGCGACACUCGUUCGGAGAAUCCCGGCUCAAGUAGCCAAGCGGCGGAAGCCGAGCCAUCUGCUAAACGGCUCCGAUCCUCUGCCCCGGAUGUACAGCAACCGUAGAUAAGACCAUCACCACCAUCACAGCAUCACCUCUCAUUUAAUCUCUAGUGUUUUUAUACCUUGUGCUAGAGAGAAACGAACGGCCCCUUUAAUUUUUGGAUGUCAUUUAUCUAUCGUUGAUUAUAAGAUGAACGAACGGUCGGGAUUUCAUAACAUUUGGGAAUGAGGGAAUUUUGUUAUUUAUAUGAAUA